CGACUGCGCAUGUGUGCGGAAGUAGGUGAUCUGCCAUCUUUCCAACUCACCGACACCUGUAAAUAAAUCCAGGAAAUAUUGUGGGAGUUAGACACACACUUCAUCAAUUCGUCGGUCUUGGGUUGCAGGAUAUUUAGUUAUGUCAGACUUUGACAGCAAUCCUUUCGCCGACCCAAAUGCGGCAAGCCCGUUUGCGGACCCAUCGGUACAGCAGGCAACACAGGGAGGGCCUGGUGGAAGACAAGGAGGACUAGAUGACUAUAAUCCAUUUGCUGAUGGAGGCAAUCAGACCCGGCCAGCUGCAGGGUCAAUGAGUGAAGAACCUUUACUACCGGGACAGAACAGAGGUGGUAUUCCCCCUCCCCAGCCCUCACAGCCCGGUGGUCAGCCAGCCAUCAUGCAGCCCUCAGAGGAGCCUCCACCGUACUCGGCUAGCUCUGCUCAGAGAGUCAACACAGAUGAUCUCCAGAAACGUCAAGAGGAACUGGAAAAGAAGGCAGCGGAACUCCAGAGAAAAGAACAGGAAAUGAGAAACAUGCAGUUUCAAGAGCGACAGAACAACUGGCCACCAUUGCCUACCUGUUGUCCAGUAGGCCCAUGCUUUUAUCAAGACUUCAGUGUUGAUAUUCCACUUGAAUUCCAAAGGACAGUCAAACUUGUCUACUAUUUAUGGAUGUUUUACUGUAUAACUCUGUUCCUGAAUGUGUUAGGAAGUCUUGCCUACUUCAUUGCCGAUGGGGAUGGUGGUGCCACUUUUGGCUUGUCCCUUGUCUGGUUUGUGCUGUUUACCCCUUGUUCCUUCAUCUGUUGGUACAGACCACUGUACAAAGCCUUCAGGAGUGAUAGUUCCUUCAACUUCUUUGUUUUCUUCUUUAUCUUCUUUUUCCAAUUCAUCGUCUGCGUUAUACAGGCAUUAGGAAUAACAAACUUUACAGUAGGCUGGAUUAAUUCUCUUGGUAUCGUUGGCAAACACACAUUCUCGGGAGCAGUGAUGCUAUUCAUUUCAUUUUUCUUUACUAUAUGCGCUGUUAUACAGAUCAUCAUGCUGAUCAAGGUGCAUAGAAUAUACCGAAGUACAGGAGCUAGCUUUACCAAAGCUCAGAUGGAGUUUUCUCAAGGUGUUAUGAAGAAUGAGGCUGUGCAGAAUGCCGCAUCUACUGCAGCGCAAGGAGCAGUUAAGGGAAUGGCUAACCAGUAUGGCACGUCAAACAAGUACUAGACCAUACUACCGCUUUACUGCACCCUCUCCAGUAGUAAACAUGUUAUCUGUGUCGCUGUGACUGUUGCAAUGCAGAAAAUGAGAUAUUACCGUCUGUUGGUGAAGUACCUAGGAAACAGCCAGGUACUGAAUACAUGUUGAAAGAUUUCUGUUCAGGGCUAGUCCUACCAGGACACCCAGGGAUGGUACUCUAAAAUAGCAUUGUUGCGUUUGUUCUAUUCUCAUCUCCUUGGUGUGUGUACAAGAACCUGCCUAUGGGCAUGUCCAUGUGCGGCUAAGUGGUCAAAAUUAUCUUAAUUACCAAUGUUGGAAAUGAAAACUCAAGUGUAUAUUGCAACAAGAUUUUUUUUUUUACUUUUGAAAUUGAUAUCAUAUAUGCAUAUUUUUUCUAGGAUCAUGAUUUUUCAAAGUUUAGUUUCAUCAGUGGACACCUGCGUUACUGGAAAAAAUAAAAAUAUAAAAAAAUAAUUAGAAUAUUUCUACCUUGUCAUUGUUCAAAUUUUACCAUAUUUCUACCUUGUCAUCUUUCAAAUUUUACUUGAUGAAAUAUUCAGCUUUAUAAAAAGAGUAUAGGCUAUUGACAAGUAUACACUGCCCUCCAAAUGAUUUUUCUUUCCAAGGAAUUAAAAAAAUAUAUAUAUUUGAGAUUGUUUACCUUUCAACAAUCUGUACACUGUCGAUAUACUAAGAGCAUCAUUAAAAUUUAAAAUAAAUAAAUGAAAAAUAUUUUUGCAUUAUCAAACUUGAAUUGGGUUUUUAAAACUCAACUUGAACAUACUGACCCCCGGGAUAUUGUAAGAAAAGGGGACUAUUGGUGAAAAUGAAGGAGACCAAUAAAAAAGAAAACAGACAAAAGUAUACUGGCACUUAAAUUGUUGGCCAACAAAAUGACGGGCAUUAAAUAAAGAUUCUCUUGUAUAUGAUGGAUUGCCUACAAACUUAUCAAUGCUAUUUAAGAUCUUUGAUGAGAAAAGGGAUGUAGAGAUGGUUUUAAGUCUUGUUUUCCACAAAUUAAAUUUUACACUAUAUUACGAUGUGUAUAUAUGGGUGAGUGAAAUGAUGUCAGCAGACAAGUCUGUAGUGUGAAAGGGAAGCUUAACUUAUUCAUGUAGUGUGAUAUUAUAGCACUGUAACCCUGUUAAAUGUUAUCAAAACGUUGGAAUUAUAUAGAUUAGAAUCCAAUGUGUAAGAAGUAAGUAAAUAUUGGUUGCCACAUAUAGCACAAAGUCUUUGGUGAAUGUUGUCAGGCUGUGAAAAAAUGAACAUAUCUGACUAUAGUGUUGGUAGUGGGAAAACAGAAAGAAAACAUCAAGGGUAGUUUGUAAAAAUAGAAUUUUAUUACGUGGUUUGGACUUUCAAAGUCCCUGGAUUGAAAUGUACAGCAUCUUUUAAUUUGAGUUUCUGGCCAUGUGGAUUGGAUUUCUAGUUGAUGUUCUGAUUGGUCGAGUGUGCAAAUCUGUUAGUGAAUACAUGUAUUACAUAAUGUCACUCUCUUAGCCAGAUAGAAAUCUGUUCAUAUUCCCAUUUUGGUUUAAUCCUCUUUGAGAUUAAGAGGUCUGUAAAUAAUAUGUAUGUACAUUAUAAUUUGUGAAGCAUGGCUGUGUCAGUGUAUAGUAAAGUGCUAUUAAUGUAUACAGAACAUAAGUAACAAAUUGUGGACAAGAUCAAUUAAAAUCAAACUUUUCUGCUUACAUUUGCUUUAGUGCAGUGCCAGAUUUUUAAAACUGCAAGUGUACAUUUGAUCAAAAGCCAUGAUCAUCAUGAAUUCUAUAAACAGGUCAGUCGGAUAAAAAAAUCCAGCACAACCACUGAAAAUUUAUUGAAAUACCAAUGCUCGAGAAACCAAAGCAAAAAAAUGUAUAAAAUCUUUUGCGUCAAAAUCUCCAUUUUCUAUUUUCUUUUAACCUAAGUUCAAGACCAAUUGUCUUGACAUACUUCAUUUUUGACCAGAUAGAUUUCUUGUAUUCAAUCAGGUAUCAGAUGACACACUGAAUUUUGUUCUGUAAAUGUUAAUUGUUGUUUUUGAUGUUAUUUCUACUGAUACUGUUAUUUUACUGGGCUGUGUUUAUUGAUUGAAACAUUUGCUUUUGUUUAUGAAGUGCACAUAUAAAAAAUCUGAGAAAUUUCAUUACCAAUUUCAUUAUCCAUAAAUAACAAAGUAUACAAAAAUUAAUCCAGGUGUUUUUUGUUAUAUUUAUCGUUAGAUACACUGUCUAUAGGUAAAGUGCUGCUUUUAUUUUAAUAUUUCAUCAUAAUAUCUGGGUGAGAAGGCUAAGAAAGCGUGUUGUAUUGAAUGAUUUUCAGAUAAAAUGUAUUGAAAUAUUUUGUUAUUUUGUGAAUUAUGUAACUGGAAUUGGAAUUUUUGUCAUUAUUCAAGGAGUUAUUAAUUUAGCUUACAAAACUGUACUUGAAUCUGAUAUUUGCUGUUAAAAUAUAUCCAUUUUGAGCUGGUGUUUAAUAAUGCGGUCUAUUGCAUUCAGAUACUUGGAGUUGCUUUUGUAGAAUUUUGGUCAUAGCCAGCUGUCUGAUAUUUUUCGGUAAGCAUAUAGGCUCGCACAAAUUUUGAAGACCUGCAUCAACAGGUUCACCAUGUAUUACCCCCGAAAAAUGUUUCCAUGAAACAGAGGACACCCAAGUAGUUCAGCAUGAACAAAAACGCUACUUGUGAUGGAUAUUACACAACUGAGAUUAUUAAAGAUUUUUAUGCACAUGUUAUGUGUAUGGUUCAUUUUUUUUCUUUUCUGAUUUGUUAUUCGUGUCACAACAAUUUUAUUCAUGAUCGUAUAUAUCUGUUUGGUAUUAAUAUCAACUAAAGACUAAGUGUGCCAAUUGUAGUGUAUGUGGACAUAGUACUUUGUUCAGAAUUUUUGUUUGUACUUAAUAAGUUAAUACUUUGUUCUUAAAUACAAAUAAAACCAAAAUCGUUCUCCUUUUACUAGUAAACAAAUUCUAUAGAUAGGAGUUGAAUAUUGUUUGUUUCUGUCAUGAAAUGAGAGAGUACAUAGUGUCUGCCACUGUCUAUCAUUUAUACUUUGGUUUACAGACUUAACAUUUAGGUCUGAUUCUCAAGCCAACAGUUUUUUUAGAAUGCAGAUUUUUGCAGAAAGGUUCUCUUCGAUUUUGAGUUUGUUCUUUAGAUGAAUUGGGAAAUUAUGUAUUUUAAUUAUUUCAAUUUUGUAGCACAUUUUGAACUUUGGAUAGCCUUCAAAUAAAUAAACUGCUUGAAGGGAAGGAAAAAGUUUUUGAUUUGCAAAAAAUAAGUGUGUACAUGUUUGUUGGAAGUUUCUGUAAGAUUGUUAAGUUACAUUCAUAUCACUAUGAACCAUAGGUCCAUGAGAGGCAAACAUUCCAGUAACAAUUUUGUCAUUACACGUAAUCACUCGGUGCUCGUUGAACUUCUGCAGGUGUACUUACAGCAGUAAAACCACAUUUUAGUCUUGCUGUCAAAACCACUUUCACGUCACAAGGCUUGGAUAAAAUUACAUAGGUUUACCGCUAAAUAAGAGUUAAUAUUAAUGCUGAAAUAGAUUUAUCGAUUCUUUACAGUUAUCACAGAAGUAGUUACAUGUAUACUGCUUGUAUGGGGUUACUGAAAUACAAAAACCACUGAACAGAAGUUUAGUCUAAUAUCAAAACAUGUACAGUGAUUGUGUUUUAACUAAAAUAUCUUUAUAAUUAAAGUCAACACUGAUGAGGUAAAAGUGCUUUGAAUAAAAGACUUAAACUAAAUUAAUGCGAUUUUAUAUGCCUACAAUGCUUCACCGGAAAUAAGAUUGUAUUAAAAUUCUGUUUGAAAUUUUUUUUUUUUAUCCUUUGAAUUAUAUAUGUAAAAUUGGUAGGUGUCGUUCAAAGAACUUGACAUAGUACUUUUUACUAACUACCUGGGUAACACAACUAGGCUGAUGAUGUAUUAUGCAUAUUAUUUGCUGUAAGUUUACUUGUUGAUUGAAUAAAGAUGGUGUAGACGGCAGUGAAAUAUCUGUCAAACGAUGUGAACUCAGAAAAUUUACAUUGUGGGGUUUGCAAUAAAGCUAAACAUGUUUGUAUGUGAUGCUACUCUGUAAUGGUAUGUAUAAGUGCACGCUGGUCAGAAAAGAAUAUUUUGGUAUCGGUGGUGGUUAAAUUCAUAGCUUGUGUAGUAAUUUGUAUUCUGAAAUCAUUGUUGUCAAGAUCAAAUAUGAAAAAAAUAAAUAUUUACAAAACUAUUGGCAUAAGAUACAUGUCUUUGUAAAUUGUGUAACAUUGAAUGCUUUAGAUAUGUAUUCAUACAAGAAUGUUUUUGUAAAAUUAUAUAUGGAACAUUUGUUUAUUCCUUUAUCAUUGUGUGUAAACAUUCAUUAACAGAAUCACAAUUGACUAUUUUGCUGUAAAUUUGAUUGCCAGCAAUGUCUGUCUACAUUAUUGUGAAUUGGUUAUGCUGUGUGACAGGUUUAUAAGGAGCUGUGUGGAUGAUGUGUCGCAUUCUUGAGUAUUUAUAGCUUUAUUGUUAUUCAUGUGUUGUUUGUAAAUAUUUGUAAUUAGCAUCAUUAUUAUGUACUCUUGUUAUCAGGUUUUAAAUUCUGAUCUAGGCCGCACGGUUCAGCUCACAAUAUCCUCCACAUUAUUUCCAUCUAUCAUAGUUCACCAUAAUCUAUGUUUUCCUUUUGAGGUGUAUAUGUAAAUUGUUUACCUCGAGUAUCUCUUGUAACUAUAUUGUACCAUUUAGUCUGAUAGAUAGGAAUGGUUCUUAAAGUUAAGUCAUAAAGGCUUUAUUGAACUUCAUACAGCCAAAUUUCACAAGGUGUUCGGUAGAGGUUUGUGUACACUGACUGAACCAUUGGUAAUCUAGACACCAGUAGAAACUGGACCUUUGAAUAAGGUUAUCUACCUGUCUUAACCAAACCCUGUACAAUCCAGGCACCUUCCACUCGUUUCUGUGAUUUAAAUUUCUUUGAUCAGGAACAAUAAAGCUUUUUGACCUGAGAAGUGUUUACUGAAACAGGAAAUAUGAUGUAUGUUGUUUGAGUAGGUAGAUGUACCUGAAUAGUGACGUUGGCUGUAUUUAUAAGGGAAAAUGAUUAUCUUAUAUAAUUUCAUUUGUAUGUGUGGCACAAGAUCCCUCUGUAUUCCCUCUAGUUAUUAGUGGUGGUUUUAUCACCCUUGAUAAUAAUAGAAUGUCUUGUGAUAGAAAAUUUUUUCAUCAGAUAUAUUUUUCACUUUCUAUUUCAUAUUUCCAUAUCACAUAAAUAUCAAAUCCAGAUACAACUGCAAAAAAAAUAAGUAAAUACCUAAUUAAAACACCAAGGAAAUGAUAAACAGAUUUAUUUGCAGGCUGUAAGUAUCUGUGAGUGAGACGUGUGCUGUUGGUCGGUUAACCUUUCACCCUCCUUUUGUUAUAGUUAUAUGAGUCUAGGCUAGUAAGUACAUGGAGUUUAUGAGAUAUUAGAUGCAACCUCGUACACACGUGAUACGAGACCUGGGUGAGUGAGGUACAUGGAUAUAUAGUAUUCUUAUCAUCGUAUUAACUAUAUGUAUGGUCAAGUUUAUCUGUAAAUAAACAUUACAGUGUGGCAUCGUA